UCGCGACAUUGUCUUCUUUUCUUGAUAGCACACAACUCUCUUUUUACUUUUCAUUUUCUUCGUCUUUUUUUUCUUCUUUUCCCUCUCGCCAUUUUCGGUCUUUGCGACGCAAUCCUGUGUCUUUCCACAUGUUGAACUCUGCGUGUUGAGGGGACAUUGCAUUCUGUGCAUCCCAGCUAAACAUUCGUGUUUGUCGCUCUGAUCACGACCUAUUUGGUCGGCAACUUCGCCAACCAUGACGAACUCUUUUGGUUCGGACGAGCCCGUCGUGGCUACGGUUGCCGGCGAAACCUUCGACCCUUUCAUGGGGACCCCCGCGGGCCCGACUCAUCUACGGCACUCCAACUUUGACACCCAUCUCUUCGCCUUGGCCCCCGGAUCUUCUGCCGAGCAGGUCAAGCGGGCGAUCCAGGCGCACUUGCGGGACACGGAGCGGCGCAUGGAGGAAGCCGGGAAAUUGGGAACCGCACUUGUACACCAGCAAAAAGAGCUGACCGAGAAGCUCCGCGAAGUCGACCAGCUCCAGUCCGAGGCCGAGCUGAACCCGGAACUUCGCCAACGGCUUGUCGAGAUCGAGAAGGAUUACAACGAGGUCGCCCGAGACAGUGCCCGAGCUCUGCUUCCUAAGCAGAGGGUGCCUAGCAAUGAAGCUCAAAGCUCUCCGUUUUCCCCGGACAAAAGUGUUGCUAGGCGUUCCGUGAGCCCGUCCAAGUUUGAGACGCUUGCCGCCCCCUCGCCGACAAAGUUUGGCGUCCCGAACCGCAAGCUUCGAAAUCAGCCCGCGAGUAGGAUCCACGACAUCGAAUUCGCUGCCGAGAUCAGCACUUCUCUGAUCACCCAGGUUCGGAACUUGCAAUCCCUGCUCUCCGAGCGCGAAGAGGAGCUCAAAGACGUCAAAUCGGAAAGAUCCCAGCUGGAAAUCGAGGCCGAGGGAUUUCAGCAACGCUUAAAGACCCUGGAUGAGAGCGAGAGCCGGUACAAGGACGAGAACUGGAACCUCGAGACCCAAAUCCACGAGCUGAUUGCGGGGCAAAAGGAUGCCGCCGAGCGCGAGAAGAAGCUGACGCAAACCGUCAAUGUCAUCCAAUCCGAAAGAAAUGCCACCCAGAGGGAACUCGAAGAAGUCAAGGAGAACUUCGCCAAGCAAGACGAGAAGCAUUCCGCCGAGAUCAAGAACCUCGAGAUCGAGCUUGGCACUAGCCGCCGGACCGCCGCCGUCUUCGAAACCGAGCGCUCGGUGCUUCAACGGAAGGUGGAGGAGCUGACCGGCCAGAACCAGGAGCUGGCCAAGGCGUUCUCGGCCCUUCAGCGCGGACGGGCCUUGGAACGCGAAGGCCCGGUCGGCGGGAGCGAAGAGGAUUCCAAUUCGGCCCCCGACCACAACACCCCCGAGCACUCUCCGCCUCCAUCGCCCAUGAAGCCUACUCCUCGCCACUCUGGGCUGGAGUCUGAGACGCUUAAGACGUCUCUCGGUCACGCCCAGCGUACCAUCCAAACCCUGCGGACCAACAUUCAUCGCGAGAAGACCGAGAAGUUGGAAUUGAAGCGUAUGCUUCAGGAUGCCCGAGACGAGGUCGAGAAGCUGAGGAGCGACCCGAACCCUGCUCCUAAGAAAAGCCGCAAGGCUGAGUUGCGCGAGGCCAAGAAGCCCUCUUUCCGGCUUAACCAAUUGGGCGUUUCACGAUCUAGUAGGACCGAAGUCGUCGAAGACCCUGAAUGGGAGGACCAAUCCGAAGUCCCUUCCCCCAGCAUGCUCUCACGUCGCGCCUCGAAUAUGCGCCUCCCCGCGAGCACCGUUGCCCCUGUCGAGUCGAGCAGCGACCACUUUGAGACGGCCAACGAAACAAGCGAUGCCGCCUUCGAGACCGCACAUGAGCGCGGAACUGAAACCGAAGACUUCCAGACUGGUGUCGAGGACAUGUCAGAUGAUAAUGAUACGGCGACCGAGACGGAGUCUGGGCCAUCACGAGGACUCAACUCGAUCAAGCGACCCCCGCCCUUGCCUCCCCAUCACUCUAGCAAUCACUACUCCUUCGACAGUACUGCCUCGACAUCCAGCGAGGACGAUGACUACCCCUCUUUCAGCUCGGAUAUCAAGACGCCAACAUCCGGCCCUAAGAUGCGGAUGCGCGUCAGCCGCAACUCUCUCUCUCGCCGUUCGCGACACUUCAGCGAGGAACCCGCCAUGCAGGGCAGCCCGUCCAGCCUUCCUGCCAACAGCGCCCCGGUGACACCGGGUGGCCAGAGCCUAUUCGCCGAGCUUAACGACUUCGACAACAGCGAUGAAGACUCGUGCACAGGCCCCGAUACUCCCAGCCGGAGGAGCAUCCGGUCUGUCACGCCUGCCACGCCCGGCAGCAUUGCUCGAGGCCGCGCUUCGCCACCACCCGAGGUUCCAGCAAUGCCUAAAAUCAUGAUCGAUAGCGGCAUGAUGACCGAACCGAUGGACCUGCGGUCAGGCCUCGCGAUUCUCGAUCGCGAGGGGGGUUAUGAGGUGCGCGAGGAUUCUGAGCGCCCAAUGUCGAUGGAAUCCGUGAUUAGACCUCGCCAGUUUCCGGCGUCGACUCAAUGGCUGGGAGACGGACACAAGGACGGGAACUCGUCAAGACCUGGAUCCGCCAUCUCUUACAGCGAUGCGAGUGUUCAGCACGAGUGGAAUAAGCUGUUCCCGUCAGCACCGGCGGCAUCAAGCAUCGCUUCCAUCCAGACACAAAUCAUCGAGCCUUUGUCUGAACUGGAAGCCACCCCGAGCCCACCGCCCCUGAGCGUGUCAUCAAUCCUGUCUGAACAGACGGAGCCGAUAGCAGAGUUGGUGGAGCCCCCGGCCCUGUCUAUGGCGUCUUUGGUCUCUGUGCAUGUUGAGCCGGUGGCCGAACUGGAGCCGCCCCUACCGAAGCUUAGCAUGCCUGGCGUCCUCUCGCAGGCUAUCGAGCCAGUCUCGGAACCCGAGAUCCCUCUUCCAGCACUCAGCUUGCCUGUUAUCCUUUCUCAGGAUAUCGAGCCUGUGCCCGAACCCGAGGUUCCCCCCCCAGAGCCCCCGACGCUCAGCAUGCCUGUGAUUGUCUCUCAGUACAUCUCGCCCGUGGCUGAGCCAGAGCCGCCUCUGCCAGAGCCGCAGACACUCAGCGUUCCUGUUGUUGUUUCUCAGGACAUUGAGCCAACUGCCCCAACGCCGGUUGCUCUAACUUUCUCAACUGUCCAUAUCGAGGAAGUCGAGCCCGUCGCUGAGCUGGACACGCCCCCUCCUUCGCCAAUUGCACUCUCCUGCUCGGCUAUCUUUUCCGAGCACGUCGAGCCGGUUGAACUUCCCGCCCCCGUGGUCGCGGAGCGCUCAGAACCAAAGGUUGUCAUUCCUGUACCUUUGCCUCUCUCGCUCUCUUCGAUUGCGUCAGAGCACGUCGAGCCCCAGGACGUGGAGCCCAUCUCACCCAUCAAGCUGUCGGUGUCCUCCAUCGCGAUGGAAGAGGUCGAACCUUUCCAAGAGCCCGAGACACCCGCACCUUCUCUGGCUCUUGCCCCCAUUCAAACACUGGAUGUGGUUCCUUGCGAAGCCCCGGUGUCUCCUCUGAUUAUUUCAAGCGUUCGGUCCUGGGGUCUUGAACCCCUGGAUGAGCCAGAGGUUCUCCCGCCCAGCUUGUCCCUGUCGGGUAUCGAGGCUCAGAACGUGGAGCCGAUUGAAUCCGAAGUGCCCAAGGUUGUUGCCCCGUUACUGAGCUUGGCAGGGAUUCAGUCACUGCAUAGUGAACCUGUCGAGCUGCGCACACCUAAGAGGAACGCAUUUAUCAUACCCCGUGACAUGGAAAGCAUAGUCAACGGCGAGCAGGACGCCAUCCGAGCACGGGACGCACCAGCUUUGUCGAGCGAGUCCGACUCUGCGCCGCCACAAGUGCAGAUCUUGCCGACCGCAGACCAGGGCGCGCAAACAGCCUUGACAUCCGACGCCAUCGACCAAAUGAUAAGGGAGAAGCUCCAGCCCCCCGGCGUGGCUACUCUAGAGCGGUCUAUAUCGAUGGGCAGCAUGGGUACCCCCUCUACGGUGAGGAUCCAUCGGCCUCGUCAAGAAAGCUUCGACACCCCUCUGCGGAACAGAGGGGCACCCUCCGAUGCUGGUGCUGAUGUACUCGAGAGCCCCAUACCACGGAGACCUGGCAGCGCAGCUAGUGGCAUGGCCUCUAUUCAUGAGGUCCCUCCGCUUCCCGCAAACCACAAGGAAGCCAUCGAGGCCGCUAGGACCGGUUCUUCACAGGGUGGCCAAGGCACCAUUGGCGCCAUGGGCCCUCCGUUAUUCCCUGCUUCUUCGUUGAAGCCCCAGAACGCAUCUCUCAGGCCCCGGACUCCCACCGGCUCGAGGCGCCCCACAUCACCAAUUUCUGUGUCCGGUCGCGCGACGCCAACCCCUCGCGUGGCGGGGAGGCCCGGUGUUACCCCCGGACACGCCGAGAUGCACGACAUGCAGUCCCUUUCCCGGGCGACGCUGCGGAGCCGGAAGUCUUCCAUCUCAUCAUUUACGUCCGAGGUGGAUACGCGAUUCAACAUGCACCACGUGAGCGGAUUCGAUCCACAGGGCUUCGGGCCGAACACCGACCCUCGCAUGAUCCAGGCAAUCACGCAGACCAUGAUUGGCGAGUACCUGUGGAAGUACACACGUAAAGCUGGUCGCGGGGAAAUAUCGGAGAACAGACACCGCAGGUACUUCUGGGUUCAUCCGUAUACGCGUACUCUCUACUGGAGUGAUCGCGACCCUUCGGUCGCUGGGCGUUCUGAGUUGAGGGCCAAGAGCGUGCAGAUCGAGGCGGUUCGGGUUGUUGCCGACGACAACCCCAUGCCGCCAGGCCUGCACAGGAAGAGUUUGAUCAUCGUAUCUCCUGGCAGAAGCAUCAAGUUCACCUGCACCACUGGGCAGCGACAUGAGACCUGGUUCAAUGCUCUGUCAUACCUGCUGCUCCGCACGACAGACGAAGGGCAGGAUGAUGCCGAGGAGCUUGCCGGCUACAUCACGCGGGAGGACGUAGACGAAUUCAACCCUUCGACCGGGAAGCGGCCAACAAACGGCAGCCGGGCGCCGCCUUCGCUGUCCUCCUACAACUCCCAAUCAGCGCGGCAAUCUCCAACCAUGGACAUCUCGAUGAGCGUUCCGACAUUAACCCCCUCACGCUCCAAGGCGUCGCAAGGCCGCCCGUCGUAUGGCACGCUUAGCAGGAUCAGCGGUUACUGGAAGGAGAACAAAAUCUCGGGGACCUUUGGCAGCAUGAGAAGUCGAAGUGUCCAGGGGCGCCAUUCUGCUCUGGGCAUUUACGAAACCAGCGACCUGCAAGACAGCGCCGAAGAUGUCCGGGAGAUGAUCGAGAGGCAGGACCGCGAGGCUGAUCGCCUCGAAAACGUUCGCGCGUGCUGCGAUGGCAAACACGAUGUCGGCACCCUCACUAAUAGUGCGAAAAAGGGCCGCCAUUCGGUUGCAGGCUUCCGCUCACCCACCCCCUCGUCAGCCCCAACCCCGGUUGGCACCGUGAGGUCCCGGGCAUGAACACCGUCCAGGCUCACUCUCUAAAUUUCCUUGGAAUAUCAACUCUUUGAUGCCCCUUUUUUGAGGGCCAGCGCAUCAUUACU